AUGGGCAGCUCGAUCGCUCAGAAGCGUCUUUUCCACGAAUACAAGAACCUCUCCACCAACCCACCCGAGGGAAUCACCGCGGGGCCUGUCUCGGAAGAUGAUAUGUUCUACUGGGAAGCCCUGAUCCAAGGCCCCGAAGGCACACCCUUCGAAGGCGGCGUCUUCGCCGCCGAACUCAAGUUUUCCAAGGAUUACCCUCUCAGUCCGCCAACAAUGAAGUUCGUCGGAGGUGGAGUGUGGCAUCCGAACGUCUACCCCAACGGAACCGUCUGCAUUUCCAUCCUACACCCUCCCGGCGAUGACCCCAACCACUACGAACAUGCCUCGGAGCGCUGGUCGCCUAUUCAGAGCGUGGAGAAGAUCCUCAUCUCGGUCAUGAGUAUGCUCGCCGAGCCUAAUGACGAAAGUCCCGCGAACGUGGAGGCGGCUAAAAUGUGGCGCGAGCGACGGGCCGAGUAUGAGCAGAAGGUUCGGGAUGAAGUGCGCAAAGGAUUGGGAUUGUGA